AAAGGAAACACACUAAAAGCUUCCCCUCCCGUCUUCUUCCCUUUCCUUCCCUUUCCACUCGCUGCAAAAAGCUUUCCCUAUAAGAGAACGCCUUUCUUUCAAAUUCCCCCCAAUUCCAGCAAACCACACAGUCAAAAUCUCUCUCUCUCUCUCAAAACCAUGGCGCUAUCCAACAACCUAACCGCAGUCCUGAACUUCAUCGCCUUCCUGUGCUCCGUCCCAAUCGUCGCAUCGGGGAUCUGGCUCGCCUCCCAGCCGGACAACGAGUGCAUCCACUUCGUCCGGUGGCCGGUCGUCCUCCUCGGCCUCCUCGUCCUCGUCGUCUCCCUGACCGGCUUCGUCGGCGCAUACUGGUACAAGGAGACACUCCUCGCCUUCUACCUCUGCUGUAUGGCCAUCCUCAUCGCCCUCCUCCUCACCCUCCUCGUCUUCGCCUUCGUCGUCACCAGGCCCGACGGCGGCUACGCCGUCCCCGGCCGCGGGUACAGGGAGUACCGGAUCGAAGGAUUCUCGUCCUGGCUGCAAGGCCACAUCGUCGAUUCUAAGAAUUGGGGCGCGAUUCGCGCCUGCCUCGCCGAGAGCGACGUCUGCUCCAGGCUCACCCGGAGCUACCUCACCGCGGACCAGUUCUUCGCCGGCCACAUCUCUCCUCUCCAGCAGUCGGGUUGCUGCAAGCCGCCGACGGUGUGCGGGUACAGCUACGUGAGCCCGACGACGUGGCUGAACCCGGCGAACCCGACCGGCGACCCGGACUGCUACAACUGGAGCAACGAGCCGAACCAGCUGUGCUACAACUGCAACUCCUGCAGGGCCGGGCUGCUGGGGAACCUCAGGAAGGAGUGGCGGAAGGCCAGCACUUUCCUCAUCGUCGCCGCCGUUGUGCUCAUCUUCGUCUACGUCGUCGCCUGCUGCGCUUUCAAGAACGCCCAGACGGAGGAUCUCUUCCGCCGUUACAAGCAAGGCUGGGCAUAAAACUUGUAGUAAGGUAAUGUUAUGUAAUGUAAUUCCCCACUGUCACACAAGCAUUUUGCUGCUGCUGCUUCGUUGAUUCUGUGCCCUUUUUUUCUUCUUCAAUUGUUUUUGUUUUUUCUCUUUUGGAGGAAUUGUGGGCUGGUGGGUGUGUAAUGUGUAUAUAUUCGAUUCUGCUUUUGGUCAUAUCUAGAAUAUGUUAUUGGAUGGUUGGCGACGAAUCAACGAACCUAGUUUCUGCAGUUCUUCCUUUUUUGCACCACUCGUGAAAAGGACAAGUAGUGGACUACUGGAAUCGGAUUCAUUAUCUCUUUAUUCUGCUCCAAUGGCUGUUUUUGUUGUCUGCUCAAGGGCAAUAGAUUGGAUCAGAACGUCCGGGAUUCGGAGACGUAUCCACAGCCUGCAAACCCAAACCAAUCCCGGCCCACAAACAACUGUGCAGGACAGUAGAGUUGACAUAUACCACAUUAGGUAUGAAAUCGAAGGAAUUGUCAUCGAACGGGAGUUUUU